AACCAUCAAACUCUCGGGUAUGUCCUGGUUUCGUUCACCCAAAGUAUCGAUUUCCUAUUUUUUCCUCACCAUACUGGAUAUUGUGGCCAAAUUCAGUAUUUACUCCCAUCUCCGAGCUGAACAGUUGGUCAUGUAUCUACAUAAAAGUGAAAAGUAUGCAGAUUUUGAGAAUAAAUAACAAGCAACUUCAGAACAUUGCUAUGACUCGUCAUUAGAAUUUUGCUACUUCGUACAGUGUGGAUUUAAUCCUUGUACAUUGUGUGUUGUUUCCUCGAUGCCAAAAUGACGUUGAGUGACCCAUUGUUGAAGGAGCUUAAAGGACACAUUGCAAAACUAGUGUUGGGGAGCAAUCCUCCUUACGGUGACGAAAAUGAGACGGUAUUUCUUCUCUGUCACUGCAUCGAAUCAAUUUUUCUCAAAGGGCUGAUUCGGCAUGACGGGUUUAGGCCAUGGAGAACAGACUGCUUCUCAUGGUUUUACCAAUUGGUUCGCAAAUACCACAGAGUGGUCCCAUUGACAUUCAAACUAGCUUUUGAGGAGGUAUUGAAUGAUCCCAAGACAAGAACGCAAGCCGGAAAGAUGCGACUCCUAAUCAGGACUUGUCUCAAAAAAAGAUGUUUACAUAUUCCGAUCCAGUUCCAUGUAGAAAAUCAGGAUUAUGAUGAUAGAAAUCUUCGGGUCAAUUACCAUGGGCAGUCAAUCAUGGGUCACGAAAUUUUGUCACAAAUUUUUCUUUCCCUCAUUCAGCAACUAAGCCACUAUGAAUUCAGAUUUGAUUUGCUCAAUUCUUCAUUUCUGGACGAAAGUUGGCAAAUUCCAGAAGUGGUCAAGGCAGAAUUUGUCCCCGUUUGCGAUAAGUUGGGCCUUACCCUCGGAUUUCCCAUGGGAUUUGCAGUGAUUGUUGAUAUCAUUGCUUACAGUUUGGCUGCAGAAGUUUCUGAUACCGUAGCCGUGGGGGACAUAAUGGACGAAUUCAAUGGGAUUGCAGUUAGGAAUUUUUAUGGAUCCAAAAUAGAAUCCUUAUUUAGGAAGAACCGAUCCAAACCAUUCACCAUCACAUUCAUUAAGGCUACCGAUUCCAAAGGCCAAAUCUACCUCCCAGCCAUUAAGCUGUACAAAAUAUUGGGGUUGGAUCCGGAAAAACUGUCGUACUCCAAAGUUUCAGACACAAAUACGCAUCCUGAUGAAAUUGAUUUGGAAUUAAGUUCUUAUAAUGAUGAUGAGAGAGCCGGGGAUAUAAUUGAAUCCUCAAAGCUCCUAAAUCCCCCUCUUGAAAGUAAGACAAUAAGCCAAGAUCUACUUCAAGAACCGGAUGCGACCCAGUCCACGACACGAUAUCAAAGUAUUAUGGAUGAAUUGGUGUUAUCAGAUGAUUUACAUCUUCCCACAUUACGAACCAAUGACCCAAGUUUGGCAGCUACAGCCAGUGAUCUUAUCGACAUUGAUCUCAACUCACCAGCAGAAAUUGACUGGGAGAGCUUAGGCCAACCAGAAACGUGCACAGAAUCAAUAAAUGCAGCGUUACUUGAACAAGGCCAAGAAGAUAACUUAAAAACGCCGAUUCAAGGAUCAAAUUCUGUAUUUCAAGCUAAGUAUGUUGACGACGCAAACCCUUUCACGGUUUAAAGCCAUUGUAACGUUCAAUAAAAUCAUAUUACAGAUAAUUAAAUUGUAUACAUUUCUUGUUUAUUUUUGAAAUAUAAUAUUUGUCAUA